AUGAUGUCAAAUGAUACAUAUAUAUAUAUGGAUGAAUCGUCCAUUCAUCACUUAUUAAAAUGCAAAUUAUGUUCCAAACCAUUUGUUGAUCCUGUUUCAACACAAAAUGGAGAACGAUUUUGUCGAUCAUGUAUUUCUCAUAUAUUAAAUCGAGAUCAUUAUGCUGAUAAUGAAUAUCAAUUAUCGAAAAUGCAAACUUUAACUCCUGUUACUGAAACACUUGUAUUGGAAAUGCUUGAUUCACUUCUUGUUCAAUGUAAAGAAUGUGAAAAAAUAAAUAUUCCUCGAGGUCAACUCGAUGAACAUAAAAAUAAAGAAUGUCUAAAAGCAACUGUUUUAUGUCAAGCUGCUGAUAUAAAAUGUUCAUGGGUUGGUACACGUGAAAGUCUUAAAGAACAUUUAAAUGAAUGUAAAUUUGAACCAUUAAGAUCUGCAUUAGAAGAAAUAUUUAAUGAACAUGAUCAAUUAAAAAACCGAAUCAACAUUUUUGAAAUACAAACUAAUGAAUUAAUGAAUAAGAAAAAUUUUGAUAUGAAUGGAACUUGCUAA